UAAGUUUAUCUAUUCAUGGGGCUGAAAAGUGUGUUCCAGUCUAUCAGAGGAGAAGUGCGGCAAGCCAUUCAGUAUCACAGUGUCUGCCUGUGGUUAGGCAUUCGUCGCUCCCACAAGUCAGAAGGUCAAUAAAAAUGGAAGCCUCAUCUUAUGGAACUGGUAUAUCAGCAGUCACUAAUGGGAAAACAAAAAUCCAUCAGCCAGUUUCUUCAGAAGGAAGAAAGGAUUUGCAAGGUAACCGGUUGGAAACACAAAUACCAAUUGAUCCAGAUGCGCAGAAGAGAGAUGCGGACUUUUCAGAAAUUCUUAAUGCAAUACAAGAAAUAGCUAAGGAUGUCAACAUUUUUUUUGAUGAGUUAGAAGGAGUAAACAGCCCUUCCAAAGAUGAUGACUCUCUGCUCCACCAUGGUAAUUUGACCAGUACUUCUGAUGAUGCCAGCAGAUUGGAAGCAGCAGGAGAGGGAGAACAUGAUAAAAAUAAAUCCAAUGGGCUGUAUUUUCGAGAUGGCAAAUGUCGGAUUGAUUACAUUCUAGUGUAUAGAAAAUCCAACCUACAGGCAGAAAAGAGAGAGGUGUUUGAAAGAAAUAUAAGAGCAGAAGGAUUACAAAUGGAGAAAGAGUCAUCUUUAACCAACAGCGACAUCAUCUUUGUGAAGCUUCAUGCCCCAUGGGAAGUCCUAGGCAAAUAUGCAGAAGUAAUGAAUGUAAGAAUGCCUUUCAGGAGAAAAAUCUAUUACCUGCAUCGCAGAUACAAGUUCAUGAACAGGAUCGAGAAACAAAUAAGCAGGUUUCGAGGAUGGUUACCUAGAAAGCCUAUGAAACUGGACAAGGAGACACUGCCAGACCUGGAAGAGAAUGACUGCUACACUGCCCCUUUCAGCCAACAAAGGAUCCACCAUUUCAUCAUACACAACAAAGACACUUUCUUCAAUAAUGCUACAAGAAGUAGAAUUGUACAUCAUAUUUUACAAAGAGUGAAAUAUGAAGAGGGAAAAAACAAAAUUGGUCUGAAUCGAUUGCUUAGUAAUGGCUCCUAUGAAGCUGCAUUUCCUCUUCACGAGGGAAGUUACAGAAGUAAAAAUUCAAUAAGAACCCAUGGAGCAGAAAACCACAGACAUCUGCUUUAUGAGUGCUGGGCCUCCUGGGGUGUGUGGUAUAAAUACCAGCCAUUGGAUCUUGUACGACGGUAUUUUGGUGAGAAAAUUGGUUUGUACUUUGCCUGGUUAGGCUGGUACACAGGAAUGCUCUUCCCAGCUGCCUUCAUUGGAUUAUUUGUCUUUUUGUAUGGAGUCACAACCUUGAACCACUGCCAAGUCAGUAAAGAAGUCUGCCAAGCUACAGAUAUCAUAAUGUGUCCUAUAUGUGAUAAAUACUGUCCCUUCAUGAGAUUGUCAGACAGCUGUGUUUAUGCCAAGGUGACUCACCUUUUUGAUAAUGGAGCUACUGUCUUUUUUGCUGUUUUCAUGGCAGUGUGGGCAACUGUUUUCCUGGAGUUUUGGAAAAGACGAAGAGCAGUGAUUGCUUAUGAUUGGGAUUUGAUAGACUGGGAAGAAGAAGAGGAAGAAAUACGUCCCCAGUUUGAAGCCAAGUACUCCAAGAAAGAACGGAUGAACCCCAUAUCUGGAAAGCCAGAGCCUUAUCAAGCAUUUGCAGACAAAUGCAGCAGACUUAUUGUUUCUGCAUCUGGAAUAUUUUUUAUGAUCUGUGUGGUGAUUGCUGCUGUUUUUGGCAUUGUUAUUUACCGUGUUGUGACUGUCAGCACUUUUGCUGCCUUUAAGUGGGCUUUAAUCAGGAAUAACUCUCAGGUUGCAACUACAGGGACUGCAGUGUGCAUCAACUUUUCCAUCAUCAUGCUACUGAAUGUGCUGUAUGAAAAAGUUGCUCUUUUACUGACAAAUUUAGAGCAGCCUCGUACUGAGUCGGAGUGGGAGAACAGCUUCACUUUGAAAAUGUUUCUUUUCCAGUUUGUCAAUCUGAACAGUUCUACCUUUUAUAUAGCAUUCUUCCUCGGAAGAUUCACAGGACACCCUGGUGCCUACUUGAGGCUGAUAAACAAGUGGAGACUGGAAGAGUGCCACCCCAGCGGAUGCCUUAUUGAUCUCUGUAUGCAAAUGGGUAUUAUAAUGGUGCUAAAGCAGACUUGGAAUAAUUUCAUGGAACUUGGCUACCCAUUAAUUCAGAACUGGUGGACCAGGAGAAAGUUACGACAAGAGCAUGGCUCACACAGAAAAGCAAGCUUCCCACAGUGGGAAAAGGACUACAAUCUUCAGCCUAUGAAUGCUUAUGGACUCUUUGAUGAAUACCUAGAAAUGAUUCUUCAGUUUGGAUUCACAACCAUCUUUGUGGCAGCUUUUCCACUGGCACCACUUCUGGCCUUACUUAACAAUAUUAUUGAAAUCCGGCUUGAUGCAUACAAAUUUGUAACACAAUGGAGGCGACCAUUAGCUUCAAGAGCCAAAGAUAUAGGAAUCUGGUAUGGAAUUCUGGAAGGCAUUGGAAUUCUUUCUGUUAUCACAAAUGCAUUUGUUAUAGCUGUGACUUCAGACUUCAUCCCUCGGCUAGUUUACGCUUACAAAUAUGGACCUUGCGCAGGCCAAGGAGAAGCUGGACAAAAAUGUAUGGUUGGCUAUGUUAAUGCCAGUUUAUCAGUGUUUCUGGUGUCUGACUUUGAAAACCGUUCAGAACCAGCAUCAAACGGAAGUGAAUUCUCCGGUUCACCAUUGAAAUAUUGCAGGUACAGAGACUAUCGAGACCCUCCUCAUGCCCCAGUGCCCUAUGGCUACACACUGCAAUUCUGGCAUGUUUUAGCAGCACGAUUGGCUUUUAUUAUAGUAUUUGAGCACCUUGUCUUUUGCAUAAAGCACCUGAUUUCCUAUUUAAUCCCAGACCUUCCAAAAGAUCUGAGGGAUCGGAUGAGGAGAGAAAAGUACUUGAUUCAGGAAAUGAUGUAUGAGGCUGAGCUGGAACGUCUACAGAAAGAGCGGAAGGAGAGAAAGAAAAAUGGAAAAUCAUAUCACAAUGAGUGGCCGUGAUUGGGUGAUGGACCUGUUUUCUGUUUUACUAUUUCCAGCUUCACAAGAGCACUACCUUCAAGAGAAUGGGAAAAAUAAAUGCAAUUUCAAUGCAUGCCACAGACAUUUUACAUAGCCAAGCAGGUCAGUACACUUCAGAGGAUUUACUGUGAAAUUGUUUUGCAGUCCAGUGUAUGAUUGAUAUCCAUAGAUCAUUCUCAACAGAGCGAGCAUGUAGUUCAUGGGCAAUUAUACUCAAGUUUUUAAAACCAAGGAAAUAUUAUAUACUAGGACUGUUUUUCAGCCUGUUUGCUACGUUUUUUGCAUUCUGUCCCAUGUUGGUUUUACAGAUCUUAGAAUAAUACAUGUAUAUGAAGAACCUGGAUACUUUGACAAAAAAUGCCUAAUUCAACUCCACCACCUACUUUCAAGCCACCAAAUAAUACAACUGAAACCCUGUUUACAAUUCAAUUCUUUUUUAUUUCAGAUCUUUCUGAGGGGAACUUAUGUUAUGUACCAUAUAUAUAUAUAUAAUAUAUAUAUAUAUAAUAUAUAGAAAGAUUGUUUAUUUGUAAAUAGCAAAAAGAACAAAAAAUCCUAUGGAGAAGAAUGUUGAAUUUUCACACUUAAAACAAAAAACCAUCAUCAGCAUAAAGCCAUGUUUAACGCUUGUAUAAUGUGAUGCAAUAAACUUUAAAAUAAAUUAUGCAUAUGAAAUCUUUGUUGUUGGGCCUUAGUAAGUCAUUUUAUUUUUCCCUAGUUUGGGGUGGGAUGUAAAUAGGACAUAAAAGAAGCAAAAAAAUAACCAAAACCUGUCAACCCUUUCUUUUCCUGACUCCACUGUGUUACCUUUGGGUUCCUGUUGUGUUUCCAAUAGAAAAGAUUGGUCCCACAGAAAUCUGAGUGAUAUCUGGAAGGUGUUGUGUUCUCUUGAUUUCCAUUAAUUUAAUAGCUCAAGGGUCAGCAACC